GAUUAAGUGUUUGUUUAAGAUGAGCACAUUACAAGGAAGCUUUCUGAUAAGGCAUGGUCAGGUGAACAACAUUCAUCUCAACAGUAUCGUGUGCCAGGAGGAGGAGGAACGCAAGUGCAGAGUGAACAGGGAUAUGAAAACAUAAUAGAGGAACUGAGUUAUCCUUGUGACAUCAAGGUUCAAAUUUCUUGGCAAACACUCAAUACAGGUGUAAUCUUGAGAUUCCCAUACCACGUUUAACUAAUCAACAACCCAGAGACCUUUUCAACAUAUUCCAACAGAACAAACCAACAAAGCCACCGAUGAAAGUUAAAUUUUAAAAGGACCGUUACUCUGGACUACAACAAGAUAAGAUGGCUGGUCUACUUCAUCAGCUGUUGUCAGUUACAGUUGUUCUUGGUGCUGUUCAACUCAUAACUGGUUACAGCUUCAAAAACUGCAUUGCAGACCCACGCUCAAAUGGAUCACUCUUCAACUGCAUCAGUCGAAAGGAAGAGAAGAUGUCUGCUAUUUUACAUGACCUGCCAACAUCUGCCAUCCAUCUCACCAUCUCCAAGACUCAUGUGAAGCACAUCUGCAACUACAGCUUUGUUCAUCUACCAAAGCUUAAAUACCUAAGAAUAGACGAUAACCCCGUGAAUACCAUCGAUCAAUCUGCUUUCCAAAACUUGCAUCAACUUCAGUCUCUAAAUUUAUCUGUUAACAACAUAUCAGAACUGAACCCUUAUCUGUUUAAGGAACUUCACAAUCUCACCUUUCUGUUGCUGUCAGACAAUAAAUUAAAGCAGCUCCCUGAGGGCAUUUUCUCUGCCACUCUCAAUCUAAACACUUUAAACAUGAGGCAAAACCUUCUGACAAAUUUCUCAGAGAUCGCUGAGUCUGUGUCACAUCUAAUGAAUCUGAAAGUAUUAGACCUUUGCUAUAACAGUUUGACCUCUCUCAGCCACUCAAAUGUGUCGCUACCCAAAUCCCUCACUACUUUAUAUAUAUGUAGAAACAAUCUGUUUACAUUAGGAUGUAAAGAUUCAUUUCUCACGUUCAUCAACAUACUAGAUUUGUCAUAUAAUUCUAGGCUCCCUACGACAGCUUUUCAAGGAGUGGAUUUGAGACGUAUAAACUAUCUGCGUUUGCGUUCAACAAAUGUCAGCGUAGUGGAGUUUUUAAACAUCAGCAACGUCAAAGUAAGUCAGGUUGAUUUCUCUGGCCUGGGUCUAAAAAAUGACAGCCUGCUCAUGGAGCUAUGCAAAUUGUUAAUGAGAAAGGUUAAAUGGAUUAAAAAUCUGAACCUGAGUGAUAAUGGGAUUGGGAGUCUAACAAACUACACACUGUACUACUGUCCUAACAUCACAGGGGAUCUGGAUCUAUCCCGCAACAAACUGAAAAGCACAAAUUGUCUUAGCUUUCUCAGAAGACAGGCGCAGAUAAAAAGCUUCAACGCAGAGCAUAACCAUCUCACCUCCCUCCCAUCCUGUAACAAACAAACCAAGGUUUGUUUAAAAAGUCUGGAAGAGCUGAGCUAUCGUUACAACCGCAUUCUCUCAGUGAAUUCCUUUGCUUUCUUUCAUACGCCAAAUAUCAAGACGCUACAACUUAACAUAAACACAAUUGCUUUUCUCGAUCGUAAAGCUCUCAAAGGGCUGAAAAAGCUUGUGAAACUCCGUUUGGACAAUAACCUCUUAACUGAUUUGUUCAAUGAGACUUUUGAAGACAAUAACAAACUACAAGUCCUUAACUUACGCAACAAUCGUAUUUCUGUCAUUUUCAAUGGGACCUUCCUCAUGCUUCGGAAUCUGACAACAUUGGACCUGGGAGGUAAUAAGAUCACUCAUUUUCAGCCAUCAGGUUUUGAUGGACUAAAAAGUCUGUCCAAUCUCUAUCUAGAUGGAAACAACCUCAAACACAUUGACACCUCCAUCUAUCGUGUAUUUCAAGAUACACUCACAGUGCUGGAUUUACAAAGUAAUAAGAUUCGCUUCCUCACUGAAAAUAACAGCUCACCAUUUAUGAAUCUUAGCAAACUCAGUGAUUUGAAAUUGGAUGGGCAGCGGCCUUAUGGCAUGACCGUUUUGCCCCACACUUUUUUUCGUGGCCUCUACUCACUAAAAUCUCUGUAUCUCACCAACAAUAACAUCUUUCAUCUGCCUCCUGAUGUAUUUGAUGAUCUGACAAGCUUACAGUUCCUCACACUGGAUAAGUGCUGUGUUGGGGUGACACAACUAGUACCAGGAGUCUUUAAAAAUCUAAGAAAUUUGACCAAAUUGACUGUAGAAAGUAUGGGCAUUCAGAACUUCUCUAAGGAGGUUUUUGGGAAUCUUAUACAGUUAAGCUCACUGCAGCUCAACCGCAAUGUGAUGCAGAGCAUUCAUGUAGAUGCACUACAGAGUCUACCAAAACUCCGCUACCUUGACAUACGUAACAUUCCUUUAAGCUGCACCUGCAAGAACAGCUUGCUGCAAAACUGGACAAUAUAUAACAAAAAUGUCCAGGUUGUAUAUCUCUAUAAUCUACAGUGCCAAAAUGAUGCAAAUUACAAAUUCCACAACUUCAAAACUAACGUUUGUUACAUAGAUCUAGGAGAGUACCUGUUCUUUAGCACAGCGGUGGUGAUCUUCCUGUUCACAGUCACUCCUUUACUUUAUGUCAAACUCUACUGGAAAAUGAAGUACAGCUACUAUGUGUUCCGUUCAUGGUUUAGUGAUCAGUGGCGCAGGCUUAGGGAGGAGGAGGAAAACUGCAAAUAUGAUGCAUUUAUUUCCUAUAAUUCCUCUGAUGACCAAUGGGUCAUGGACCAGUUGCUGCCUAACCUGGAGGGAAAUGGAUCAUCUUUUAAACUUUGCCUACAUCACAGGGACUUUGAACUGGGCCGCGAUAUUGUGGACAACAUUGUCUCUGCUGUAUACAGCAGCCGUAAAACUAUUUGUGUGGUGAGCAGGAAUUUCCUACAAAGUGAGUGGUGUUCACUAGAAAUCCAGCUUGCCAGCUACCGACUCUUUGAUGAGCACCGAGAUGUUCUUCUGCUCGUGUUCUUGGAGCCAAUCUCUGAGAGGCAGCUGUCAGCCUAUCACCGCAUGCGGAAAGUCAUGUUAAAAAAGACUUAUUUGCAGUGGCCUGACUCAGACUGCACUAACCCAAUGCAGGCCCAAGAACUGUUUUGGAAUCAGCUGCGUAGGGCAAUGAGAAUGGGGAGCAGACUCAAAAUGGAAGAAAAUAUCAACAACGAAGGUUGUGUUAAUGCUGAAAGUGAAGAAACUGAACCUUUUGAGACAUCAGAUGAAGAAUAUUACUUGCUACCUUAAAACGAUUUGAGGAUUUUAC